CGCGGAAGGGUUGAAGCCCGAUGGCGCGAAGUUGGCCAGCAUUCGUGAUUGGCCACGUCCUCAGUCUAUGACUGAGAUGAGAUCUUUCUUAGGGAUGACAGGCUACUAUAGGACCUUCGUUAAGAACUAUAGUAUAGUGGCCGCUCCUUUGACUGAUCUGACCCGCCUUGACACCCCAUGGGAGUGGACAGACGAGUGCGAGGCUGCUUUCAGACAUCCGAAGCAUGCGUUGACGCACUACGAGGUCUUGAAACUUCCUGAUCCUGAUAAGCCGUUUAUAGUCACCACGGAUGCCAGCCAAUAUGGCAUUGGCGCCAAGCUCGCACAACAAGAGGGGCCAAAGUUGAGGCCUGUAGAGUACAUGUCCAAGAAAAUGUCGUCUCAGAAGUUGGCUAAGUCCACCUAUGAGAAGGAACUCUAUGCGGUUUACAAGGCUCUGACCCAUUGGAGACACUAUCUCCUUGGGAGAUUCUUCAUCCUCAGGACUGAUCAUCAGACCCUGAGAUGGAUGAGAACCCAACCUGUACUUUCAGACGCCCUCAAGCGUUGGAUCGAAGUCAUUGAGCAGUAUGACUUCGACCCUCAGUAUCUGAAAGGGGAGUACAAUGAGGUUGCGGAUGCCUUGUCGCGUAGACCUGAUUUCUCGGGUGCGCUGAUUACAGAGUUCAAUCUGUCGGACCAUGUUACUCAGUCCUUGGUGGAAGUCUAUCGCGAGGACCAGUUCAUGUCUGAGAUCAUACACAGACUUCAGGCAAAAGACAAGAAGACCUCUGCCGAGUUUGAGUUGGUCAAUGGCUUGCUGUUCCUUGAGAAGGCAGGGAAUAAACGAUUGUGUGUUCCCAAUAGCGAGUCCUUGCAUAGUUUGUUUUUAGGUGAGUGUCAUGAUGCCACCGGCCAUUUUGGGUAUAAGAAAACCGCAACCAACUUGCUGCAGCGGUUCCGGUGGCCCACGACGAUGCGAGAUGCCCAGCUAUACGUGGAGACUUGCCAAGUUUGUCAACGGGACAAGCCACGUACUCAGGCUCCUCUUGGGCUUCCGAAGCCCCUUCCGAUUUCGGAACGGCCUGGUGAGAGUCUGUCCAUGGAUUUCAUGGAUACUCUAAUCACCAGCAAGAGUGGGAUGCGUCACAUCUUCGUCAUUGUGGAUAGAUUUAGUAAGUAUGCUAGGUUAGUAGCAAUGUCGGAAACAACAAAGACGGAGUAUGUGAUUAGAAUGUUUAAAGAGAAUUGGGUCAGGGAUUUUGGCUUACCGAAAUCCAUAAUCAGUGACACGGAUGUCCGAUUUACCAGCGAACUGUGGAAGGCCGCUGCUGCAGAACAGGGAACCCAGUUGCAAAUGAUUUCUGAGAAUCACCCAGAGGCCAACGACCAGGCCGAGCAACUGAACCGCGUUGUACAACACUUGUUGAGGCACUACAUCAAGCCCAACCAGGUGGACUGGGAUGAGAAGCUUGCACUCAUCGCCAAUUUGUAUAACAAUGCGGUACACAGUGCCACCGGGGUGAGCCCGAACAGUUUGCUACUGACUUUCAAGCCUAGACUACCCUUGGAUUUUCUCCUUCCUGAGAAUCAGUCAACAGCUGCACCAGGUACUUUAGAAUUUGCUUACCGCUAUGAACAGAAGAUGCAGCAGGCUGUAGAACAGAUGCAGAAGGCGCAGGCUGCAAUGAUAGAGUCUAAAAAUAGACACUACCGGCCUUCUACAUUUCAGGUUGGGGAUAGGGUCUGGGUAAAGUCUUCAGAACUGGGACAAGAGUACGGGAUCUCCCGCAAGCUCAUGCCCCAAUACUUUGGACCUUGGGAAGUCUUGGACAUCGUCGGUACAGAUCCGGAUGGGCCAUCUUAUGUUAUCCGGAUCCCUGGUCAUCUCCGUACUUACCCUGUCUUUCACGCCUCCAAGCUGGCACCUUUCAAAGAGACUGAUCAAUUUCCAUCUCGUCGCUCAAUGCUGCCCCCAACCAUGGACGGAGAGGUGGACAUUGAUGAUAUCGUGGAUCACAAAGAGCUGCCGGUAUCAAGACCAGCAGGCAGGGGACGUCCUCCGAAACCGAAGCUGCAGUACCUCGUUCGGUUCCGGCAUCACACUGAUCCGAAGGAGGACCGCUGGUUCACCAGGGAAGAACUCAUGCAGACCGCUCCUCAAGUUGUAACCCAAUAUGAGAGAUCUCUGCAGAAGGGAAAGCGCCCAAUGGUUGAAGACUGAGCUUCUCAUAGGACUGUUGAAGCUAAGGAGAAGGGAAUGCGAGGCCACUGCCUCUA